AUGGUUGGCAUAAACACUCGUGGAACUGAUUGUACUGAUGCUGAAUGGAUUGAACAUUGUAAUAUGCCACAAAAUGAUCUAUUACCUAUUGAAAGUAAAAAAUACCUUGAAGCUAGGAGAUUAAUACGAUUGCCGAAUAGUAGUUCAUAUGCUCCUGAAAUCGGAAUAGCAAUAUGUUUCUCUUGUGAUCAGUUAGUAUAUACUGGACAAAGAAAGAAGAAUAUAGGAAAUUAUAACCAUAUAGGAAUGGAAAGACAUUGGAAAUUUUUAUGUACCGGUAAUAAAUACUGUGGUGUAAAUUAUGAAGAAUAUUUGAAAAUUAAACAAAAAUCUAAUUCCGGAUAUGAUUAUGACAAAAUUGGUAAGAAAAUUCAAGCUUGUAUAACUAUACAAAGAAAAUGGAUUGAAUUUAUGUACCGACCAGAUGGUAUGAUGGCCAAGCAAUUAGCUGAGCAUUACCAAUUAUUAUGGGCAGUUAGAGAAGAAAUGCAUCAAAUUAAUAAUGCACAACUUAUCUAA